AUGGCGCACAGGGUGCUGGAGCUGACGCUGGUGUCGGGUCAGAACCUGAAGGAUGUCAACGUGUUCAGCCGCAUGGAGGUGUACGCCAUCACGUCCGUGUUCGGCGACCCUCGCACGCGGCGGUGCAGCCAGGUCGACCGCGACGGCGCCCGGCACCCGAGGUGGGACGAAACGUUCAUGUUCACCGUCCCGCCCACGGCCGCCAAGGCCGCCGCCGCGGGCGCCUACCUCCACGUGCUCCUCCGCACGGAGCGCCUCUUCGGCUUCGACGACCGCGACGUCGGCGAGGUGUUCAUCCCUAUCGCCGACCUGCUGGCCUGCGCCUGCGUCGGCGGCCCGCCGCGGUGCGAGUCGUACCCGGUCCGGAAGGUGCACUGCACCGAGCACCGGGGCAUGCUCACCGUGGCGUACCGCUUCGGCCCCGUGAUGGUGCCGCUGCCUCAUCAUCAGGACGAAGGGUCGUGCUCGGACGACUCCACGGUGGUGGGGUGCGAGCUGCCGCCGUGGCAGUACUGUCCUCCAACGUACGUAUACGCGCCGGAGGCGGCGGUGCCGCGCUACCCUCAGGCGUGUGCUCGCAUGCCGCCGGCGCCCAAGCCAGCUGCCGGCUGUGGCACGGCCGCUGCGUCGCCAGCGCAGAAGAAUUAUUACGUAAGGAACGGCAGCUUCGCGCUGGGGCUCGGGACGGGGCUGCUCAGCGGAGGCUUCGGGGGGAUGGUGUUCGGCGACAUGCCGCCGUCGGACAAGGCGGCUCAUGACUCCGGGUACAAGCCCACGGCCGCCGACGGCGCAGGAGUUGCCUUCUGA